UAACACAAGAGAGGAUAACUCUGCAAUACGCAAAGACGGAAUACAGUCUGUCCACAGGUUCUAGCCACAGAUGGAUUGAAAAAACAAUUAUGACUGUGAUCAGGAUUCGUUUAUCAGAUGGAGGACAAAUCCAAGAUGGUGGACCAAUCCAAGAUGGAGGACAAUUUCAAGAUGGAGGACCAAUCCAAGAUGGAGGACCAGUCCAAGUUUGAGAACCAACCUGGGAAGAUGGACCCAUUGCCAACAGGGGACAAGAAUGUGUUGUACAACAUCUAUCGUCAGAUCAAAGUUGAAUGGGAUAAUUGGACACGUCCUUGUGACAGAGAGUCAAGUGUCCCGUAUAAUUUGUCACCUUCCGACUCGGGGGACCUCUUUAGCCAGGAGACAAACGUGUACGACACACAGAAUGCUUCAGAAAAUACUGAUUUCCAGACUACUCAUGACAGUGAGGGUCAGGAAGGUGAAUUCCUGGAAUCUGUACCAUGCAGUGAUGGACUACAGAAUGGUAGCAGGGAGGAUUGUGUUGUAACACCUGUUGACGGGAUGGAUAGUGUCUAUGGAGCUGGGGAUAGCAGCGACUCCGACAAACCCUAUACAUGUAAACGAUGCGGCAAGUGUUUCAAGACAAAUCAAGACUUACAGAUACAUGGUAAAAUACACAAAGGAGAAAAGCCGUAUUUAUGCCAUAUCUGUUUGACGGAAUUCACCUCGUCUAAGAGUUUGACCAAUCAUAUGAGAUCCCACAGAGACAAGGAAUAUAUGUGUAGUGUUUGUGGUAAGGGUUUUAAUAUAGCUGUUUAUUAUCAGAAACACAUUCACAUGCAUAACACUGAGCAUACUUGUGACCUGUGUGGCAAAACCUUAAAAACCAAUAAAAUCUUAAAAGUACAUCUGAAGACUCAUAAAGAUGAACGUCCCCACAAAUGUGACGUCUGUGGUAAAGGUUUCAACCAGGCCGUGUCCUUACGCAGACAUACGCUGAUACAUACCGGGGACCGUCCAUACCAAUGUGACGUCUGUGAUAAGGAAUUCGGGGACAAAGGCACCCUACAGAACCAUACACGGACACAUACAGGUGAGAAACCAUACACCUGUGAUGUCUGUGGCAGACAUUUUAGUCAAAUUGGACACGUACGGAAUCACCGGAAGACGCAUACACAGACUACUGAAAAGCCGUUUAAAUGUACUAUCUGUGGAAAGGGGUCGACCAGUGCAGGAAACUUACAAAAACACAUUAGAAUCCACACUGGAGAAAAACCCUUCCACUGUGACAUCUGUGGGAAAGGUUUCAGUGAGAUUGGCUCGGUGAAGAAACAUAAAAGGAUACACACAGGAGAAAAACCAUUCAAAUGUAAUAUUUGUGGUAAAGAAUUCAGUGAAUCAGGGUCUGUUAAGAAACAUAUUCGUAUUCACACGGGUGAAAAACCAUAUUUAUGUGAUGUAUGCGGAAAAGCAUUCAGCGAGACCAGUGGUUUGAGGGCACAUCGAAUGACACACACUGGGGAGAAGCCGUACAGUUGUGGAUUUUGUGGUGAAGGUUUCAUUCAGGCUGGAAACCUGCAGAGUCACCUGAUAAAACAUGUUUCUGUCAACGGAGAACGUGCUUCCUAUACCAAUGAUCAAGGUCAUCCUGAUUCAAUUGUACCUCCGGCAAAUACGAACAUGUGACCUGUGACAUCACAGGAUAAAGUAGAGGGUCAUCCAAAUACUGGACACCCAUGUGACCAGUGACAUCACAGGAUCUAGAAGAGGGUCAUCCAAAUACUGGACACCCAUGUGACCAGUGACAUCACAGGAUCUAGAAGAGGGUCAUCCAAAUGAUGUACACCCAUGUGACCAGUGACAUCACAGGAACUACUGUAGUUAGCCAUAUAUAAGUACUAGACACUUACAGUGACAAGUGACAUGAUAUGAAGUGGUUAGCAAAUUGUUUCAUAGCUCAUGGCAAAUCUGUCUAACAUGGGUAUAACGUCACACUGCAAGAUACUGAGAUGACGUCAUGCCACAGCAAUUUUUACAUAAUUUUAACCUAUUUAUGAGUAUUAUUUACAGUUUAAGUAUAUAAUCUACAUUUACUGUCAUCUUAAUAGGUAUUUGAGUUUAUACUUUCAGUAAUACGCUUGUAUCAAUCAAACUGUAAUGUGCUCUCUAGAGGCAAAGAACAUUUCAAAAAUUGGUUCAAUUUUAAGGAAGUUUAUAUUUAUCAACAAGGUGGCAGCUACACAUUUCAACUGGUUUGUGAUGUAAGAAAAUAACUCAGUCAUAUGUAAAUUUUGUAAGAUAGAAAUUUCCCACCCUUGGGUAUAUAAGUUUUGUUCUAAAAGCUCAUUAAGCCUUGGGUUUUGGUGCCAAAUUCUGUACACUUGAGUGCACGUGGGAUAUUUCUGAUGGAGUCACAAUAUAUGUUUGGUGACAUAACAGGUUUGUUGUGGAUACUCAAUAAACAAACAGUU